AUGAAGACUGAGGAAAGAGGUUUUGUGGAUCUGCUGUUAAAGGGUGAACUGGAAGCAGUGACUCGAGGACUGGAAGAUGGACUUUACUCCUGGGAAGAGCUGGACCAGCCUCACAAUGCCCAGGGUUCUACUCCUCUUAUCAGUGCCUGUCAGAUGGGCCUUGACAUGGUCAUGCAUUUCCUUUUGGAAAGGGGAGCAGAUGCAACACUGUGCAACCACAGCAAUCAGACAGUGCUGCAUGUCAGUCAGCCAGACCUACAGAAGGAGCUGUUGGCUGCCAUAUUGAGACCGUUAGGCCACCGUGCUCAGCUCUUAGAGGUCGCUUGGAGAGGGGAUAUUCACGGCCUACAGCACCUGCUGUUUGAGACAGACUCUGUGGACGUGAACAUCCAGAACCAGAAUGGACUGACCCCACUGAUGCUGGCAGUGAGGGAUGUGGAUCUGUUUGAGGGAUUUAAAGGCACCAUGGGAUGGGAAUAUGAUCCUACCAAAGUAGUGAAGACUCUACUGUCUCAGUCUGCAAGCAUUGAUAUCCGAGACCGAAAGAGCUGCACUGUUCUUACCUAUGUCUCUCAGAUAAAGGGCUCAAUCAAAGAUGAGCUGCUCCAGAUCAUUUUGGAAAAUCAAGUUCAGUCAGUGCCUGCACAUGUGGUGCCAGAGUUACAUUUCCCUGCAGAAUGCUGUGAUAAUUCCCACAGCCUCUCUUCUCCACACGCGUUCUCUACUUUGGCCAAUGUAAGGGAUGUAAAGGAACCACAUGCAUAUAUUGCUGUCCAAGAAGACCAUAAAAAUUUCCACCAAGAUAAGAUCAUUGCCUUGUGCUUCCAAAGUGCCAUGGAGCCCAAGACGAACAGCAAGGCAACUAAGUGGACAACAUUACCAAGCCUGAGGGAGAGAAAUAAAUGUUGGACCAAAUUUGGUAUCCUGUGUCCCACCUCUGAUGCGCCAAUGAAAACAUAUUUCGUUCCCAUACCUCCAAGGCUUACAGAGAAGACCAAAGUCACCCUUGAGUCUCCUCCAGGAGCACAUUUCUCUCAGCUUAGCCAGUCUGCUCCAAGCCUGGACCUCCUUGAUGCAAGUUUUCUACUACAAGUACAGACCAAUAUACACAACAGGCUCAGUACCACUGAUGUUGAUGCGCAAAGGGAUCCACUCCCUGGUCCGUGCCUACGCACUCCAAAACAUUUGGCUCCACUUGACCAAGAGUACCGGGAUGGACACACGAUUUCAAACUUCCAGUGUCCACUGGUCCCCAAGCCGACCAAGCUCUUAUCUUCUGGCUCUAAGGAAAUAAAAGAGAGGUUCUCCAGAGGAUCAAGAUGCACAGGAAGGGGCAGCGAAGAGAGCAGCUAUAGCAGUCAAAGCUCUCUGGAUGAAGAGGAAGAGAAAAGCCCUCAGGAGUCAGGGCAGAUGUUUGGGACCUUACAGAAAGAACCACAUAUUGCCUUGAUGCCCCCUUCUUAUGCUCAACAACUGAUGAACUCUGAGAUUACAGAUGAUGUUAAUUCAAACAAACCCAUGCCUAUAAAAUCAAAAUUCAUGAGGUGUCAAAAACCUGAGGCAGAGACAACACAGAACUCUGUAACAGAAUUUUCCAAAAUAGUGAAAGCUUUUGAGAGGCCAGAAAGUGAAGCUCUAGAUUUCUGUGAGGAGAACAGGACAAUAUAUUCAGCAGACAUUCUGAAAAUUAACAGAAGUGUGGAAUUAAUUGAAUCUCCCUCAGAUAAACUUGAUGGACCUAAGGAGAUAGUUACAGAGGGAGAUGGACAGUCCGGCUCUUUUGUUGACAUCGAGAAACACUAUGUCUCUCCUGUAAAUAUUGCAUUACGUCCUGCUUCAGCAGAAACCAGCAAAGCCAGUAAGACUACCAGAGCUGAGGUCAUAAAAUGCAGGUCUUCUCACACUAACCAAACAAUUAACAUCUUAGACCAAAUAAAUAUGACACGGGACUAUGGUAAACCCAAAAGGAAUAGAAGGAAUCCGUCAUCACGAGUUGUAAUUAAAGAGACAGCCCUCACAGAUAACGUUAUUAGUGAAGAGAUCAGCAACAAACUGGAUUGGCCAAAGAUGGCACCUAUAAUAAAACAUAGUCCCAAACUCAAGGAUGCGGCCUUGACCCGGAGAAGGACUCCAGAGUCUCUGCAUCAAGGAAGAAUGAGUGGAACAAAAAAGAUGUUGAACAAAUCCCAAAGCCAAAAGCAGCUUCUCAUCCAGGACACAAAGACAACAACAAGGCAAGGUAAAAGGACAGGAAUUUUAGGGACACAAAGAACAAAAUCAUCUCUGGACUACGUCAGUUAUAGAGACAUGUUUUUGGAAAUCCAUCAGGAAGAUGAAGGACCAGCUAUUUUUGAAAUGUUUGCCACCCCUAUAUUUGAAAACCUUAGAAUAGGCAGUUCUGGAGACAGGCCCAAGCAGGUGCAGUCUGCCCUUCAAGGUAAGAAACAACCAAGUGGACAACAUAGAGCUCAGAAACCUGUGGAAGGUAACAGGAGGAAACAGAAAUGCAUGACUUCUAAAGGUAAACAACGCAAGAGGAAGGAAAUCCAACCACCUGAGAUGCAACGCCAUGAUCAAGCUAUUGAUUCGAAACAGAAUAAUGCCAAUGUAAUUCCUAGCACUGAGGAGAACAACCAGAUAAAGAAGGAUAAACUUCUCACCACUGAGGAAGAUGAGAGGCAUGGUUCAGAUGUACGAUUACAGACUGAAUGUCGUCCUAUGCUGUCAAUGAUCAGAGAAGUUCCUUCAGACACACAUAUAAGAACAGCCUUCCAUAAUCAGCAGGGAGAUUUAUCCAGCUCGUUUCAGUCACACAGAACACCCUGCAUGCAGUUCUUACAGCUAAAAACAGACGAUCCCAACAAUAAUAAAGGGGACGUAAUCUCAAAUGUAAUUGAGGACUCUGUUGCAGUUCAGCUCCCAUCACAACCCUUAUUGAACACAUGGACAACUGACAGGACAAAGUCACCUGUAUACCAGAGGAUUUUAGAUGAAGUGGGUGAGGGGCCCAUUACAGAUGAUUUGCUGAAACAUUUGGCAGAAGAAUUAAUUUCGUUGGAAGAAAGAGAUGUGGAGACUCUAAAGCCUGAGAAUCCCGAAAUGAAAAAUGAUGCUCCAUCAAAAGUCGAGGAAGUUUUUACUGAGGUUAGUCCUUUGGAUAAUCUGCUUUCUACUGAGAGAUCCAGUGUAGACGACACAAUUACAUGGACCAAAGGAGAAAUUCUGGGCAGAGGGGCCUAUGGAACUGUGUACUGCGGACUCACGAGUCAAGGCCAGUUGAUUGCUGUCAAACAGGUGAUGCUGGACGAGUCUAACUCAAAGACAACAGAGGAGGAGUAUGAUCGGCUGGAGAGAGAGGUAGACCUUCUGAAAAACCUCCAUCACCAAAAUAUAGUGGGGUUCCUGGGAACAACCCUUUCCAGCAACAUAAUCAGCAUUUUGAUGGAAUAUAUCCCAGGAGGCUCCAUCUCUAAUAUCCUCAAUCGCUUCGGACCCUUACCGGAGGUGGUGUUGACCCUCUACACACGACAGAUUUUAGAAGGUGUAGUUUACCUUCAUGAAAACAGCAUCAUCCACAGGGACUUGAAAGGAAACAACAUUAUGCUUAUGCCCAGUGGCAUUAUCAAGCUGAUUGAUUUUGGCUGUGCUUGUCGUCUUAACCGCUUGACACACAGCGGAAGCCGGAGCGAUUUCUUAAAAUCUGUGCAUGGUACACCGUACUGGAUGGCUCCUGAAGUGAUUAAUGAGAGUGGCCAUGGUAAGAAAUCAGAUAUAUGGAGCAUUGGGUGCACAGUCUUUGAGAUGGCCACAGGAAAACCACCACUGGCACACAUGGGCAAGAUGGCAGCUCUUUUCUAUAUUGGGGCCAAAAAAGGUUUAAUGCCUUCACUACCUGAUGACUUCUCAGAAGAAGCUAAAGGAUUUGUACAAACAUGCUUGAUCAACGACCAGAAACAGAGACCAUCAGCAGCAGAUUUAUUAAGGCAUCCGUUUGUCUUUCACCUCCAGCACUCAAGUACCAAGACUUCAAAUAUUCAUCAGUAAGCUCAUUAGAGAGGAGAGGAAAAACAAAACACAAAACCCUUCUUCCAAAAAGUGAAACUCUUCAAAUGAACAUGCACCAAUGUGUUUAGCUAGAUUCAAAUUUACAAAACGUGAAAGGAUUGUUUAUAUUGGGCUGAUUUUAGUGGAUAAGAAGCCACCAACGUAAACAUG